UGUGUCGUCGCUCGCCACUCGCCAACAUGGCCCCAAAGAAAGUGGAACCCAAGAAGACGGUCGAGGCAAAGAAGCCGGCGGAAGCCCCAAAGAAGGACGAGGGUGCGGCGCCGCCUCCAAAAGCACCAGAAGCGCAGUCCAAACCUCCUGAGGUGGACCUGAAAAGCGUGGUUGUGGAGUUCAGCGCCGAGCAGAUCGAGGAGUUCCGCGACGCCUUCACGCUGUUUGACGAGACCCCCACGGGCGAGAUGAAGAUCACGUACAGCCAGUGCGGCGACGUGAUGCGCGCCCUGGGCCACAACCCCACCAACGACGACGUCCUGAAGCUGCUGGGUCGGCCCAAAGUGGAGGAGAUGCACAGCAAACUGCUGGACUUUGACACCUUCCUGCCCAUGCUGCAGCACGUGGCCCGGGCCAAAGACCACGGACACUUUGAGGACUUUGUGGAGGGUCUCAGGGUCUUCGACAAAGAGGGAAACGGCACCGUCAUGGGGGCGGAGCUUCGCCACGUCCUCUCCACCCUGGGGGAGAAGAUGACAGAGGACGAGGUGGACCGGCUCAUGGCGGGACAGGAGGACCCCAACGGACACAUCAACUACACCGACUUUGUCAAACACAUCCUGGCCGCCUGAACCCAGUGUCUGUAAAUUCUAGAAACAUCUAUGCUGAAAUAUGAAAUUGAAAUAAAGAGACAGCAAGUGUCGUAUUUUAUUUGUCUUCAUUAAAACAGCAUUGAUUAGUCGGUUCUGUCAGCCCUGAAGAACCUGGUGUAGAAUCUUUAAGACAGCUGAUCACAUUUUAAGUGAUUUUCUAGUUAGAAUUGAAUAAAUGGUUAGUUUGUCAAAGAAUCUAUCAACAGAUGACCAAAUGAACAGAAUCUGGUCCAAAAGUCUUGAAUGUGGAACCCCUGACCGACUGGCCAUGAGAUCAGAAGUCUUGGCCGUCAGAUUCUCUGGUGUGGUUCUGACUGGCGGGCUGAGACGAAGCUGCCGGGCUCUGAUUGGCCAAUUGAGCAUAGAGGUGGGACUUGAGGAACCGUGGGUAACUAUCGGCCUCCAUCAGACCAAAGACCUGAUCCUGGGCCUGCUGGAAGGAGGCCGGCUGAACCCAGUGUCUGUAAAUUCUAGAAACAUCUAUGCUGGAAUAUGAAAUUGAAAUAAAGAGACAGCAAGUGUCGUAUUUUAUUUGUCUUCAUUAAAACAGCAUUGAUUAGUCGGUUCUGUCAGCCCUGAAGAACCUGGUGUAGAAUCUUUAAGACAGCUAAUCACAUAUGAAGUGAUUUUCUAGUUAUAAUUGAAUAAAUGGUUAGUUUGUCAAAGGUUCUAUCAACAGAUGACCAACCAGAAGGAGCUGAACAGAACCUGAUCCAAAAGUCUUGAAUGUGGAACCCCUGACCGACUGGCCAUGAGAUCAGAAGUCUUGGCCGUCAGAUUCUCUGGUGUGGUUCUGACUGGCGGGCUGAGACGAAGCUGCCGGGCUCUGAUUGGCCAAUUGAGCAUAGAGGUGGGACUUGAGGAAUCGUGGGUAACUAUCGGCCUCCAUCAGACCAAAGACCUGAUCCUGGGCCGGCUGAACCCAGUGUCUGUAAAUUCUAGAAACAUCUAUGCUGAAAUAUGAAAUUGAAAUAAAGAGACAGCAAGUGUCGUA